AUGGGUGCCAUCGAGAGAAUUUCCCAGCUGUCCGGCCAGAUUGUCGGCGCCUCUGGCAAGGAGAAGCUUCUUCAGAAGAACCCCGACGAUGUCGUUGUCACAGCCGCGCUCCGCACCCCCUUCACAAAAGGCGGCAAGGGUGGCUUCAAGGACACCCAGGCCGCCGACCUCAUGGCCGGCGCCCUGAAGGCCCUGCUCGAGCGCUCCAAGAUUGACCCCGCCCUCGUGGAGGACAUUGCCGUCGGCACCGUCCUCGCUCCCGGCGGUGGCGCCACCGAGAUGCGUGCCGCCGCCCUCGUUGCCGGCUUCCCCACCACGACGGCCGUCCGCACCCUCAACCGCCAGUGCUCCUCGGGUCUGCAGGCCUCCAUCGACAUUAUCAACCAGAUCAAGUCGGGCAUGAUUGAGAUUGGCAUCGGUGCCGGUGUUGAGAGCAUGAGCACGCAGUACGGCCCCAGCGCCGUGUCCGAGUUCUCUGAGCUCCUCGAGAACAACAAGGAGGCCGCCAACUGCAAGGUCCCCAUGGGCGUGCUGUCCGAAGACAUGGCGCGCGACCUGCACGUGACGCGCGCCGCGCAGGACGCCUUCGCCGCCUCGUCCUACGCCAAGGCCGCCAAGGCCCAGGCCGAGGGCCUUUUCGACGCAGAGAUUGCGCCCCUGACCGUGUCCUUUGAGGACCCCAAGUCGGGCGAGACGCGCACCAUCACGGUCGACAAGGACGACGGCAUCCGCGCCGGCGUGACGGCCGAGUCGCUCGGCAAGAUCCGCGCCGCCUUCGCCAAGGACGGCAGCAUCCACGCCGGCAACGCCUCGCAGGUCUCCGACGGCGCCGCCGCCGUGCUCUUCAUGCGCCGCUCCACCGCCGAGCGCCUCGGCCAGACCAUCCUCGGCAAGUACGUCGCCGGCGCCAUCGUCGGCGUCCCCCCGCUGCUCAUGGGCCAGGGCCCCUACAAGGCCAUCCCCCGCGCCAACGAGCUCGCCGGCAUCACGGCCGAGGACGUCGACAUUUACGAGAUCAACGAGGCCUUUGCCUCGCAGUGCCUCUGGUCCGCCGAGAAGCUCGGCAUCCCCCUCGACAAGGUCAACCCCAAGGGCGGCGCCAUUGCCUUCGGCCACCCCCUCGGCUGCACCGGCGCCAGGCAGAUCUCCACCCUGCUGUACGAGCUCAAGAGGACCGGCAAGAAGGUUGGCAACACGUCCAUGUGCAUCGGCACGGGUAUGGGCAUGAGCGCCGUCUGGGUCGCCGAGUAA